AUGAGUAGCACCACCACCACCGGAAGCUGCCUCUGCAACGCAUGCACCUACGCCUACACUGGCUCACCAGCACUCAAAGCCAUAUGUCAUUGCAUCUCUUGCCGCAAGAUAUCCGGCGGAAGCAAUACAGUCAACUACGCUGUACCGGAAGUCAACUUCGGCGUUACGGGAGGAAGCCCCAAGUGGUUUUCAAAGGACCAUGAGUACGGCAUGGUCCUCACGGUAUUCUUCUGCCCAGACUGUGGAAGUACACUGUGGAAAGAAGCCACGGCUGAGCAGUUGAAGGGGUUCAAGCUCGUGCAGGCGGGGACGUUGACCGAGUCGGAGAAGUUGGAUGAUGGCGUUGAUGCGGAAUUUUAUACUACUACUAGGGUGCCUUGGCUUGUUGCUCUGAGUGGUGUUGACAAGCGAGCUGAGUUCUAG